AUGUCCAGAUUCCGCUCGCAACGCAAGAAAAACGCCCGCUCCAUCGCAUCAGAGGACCCCUGGAGGGUCGAUACCCCCUUCGGACCUCCACGGACAUCCUCCUUCCCCGGUGGUGGCAUUCGACGAAUCCGCAACACACUUUCCAAGCUGUCACCCUCCGCUCGAGCAGAGAGGGAACUCCUGAAACAGAAGAGCCAAUACAAAAUCCCCCUGACGGAAAGGAAUAUCGACACUCUGGUCACCAACCAGCUCUUUUCGGAUUCGUUUUGGACCGAUGGCACAUUCUCUCUUCUGACCGAGAACUACCCCGCCCAGAUCUUUCUUAUCCGUCGACAUCAAGUGCUGGUCUGGUUCGAGCACCGUCAGCUCAAUCUGAAAUGGCUCAAUAAACGCACAACGAUUGUUAUCCUGUCGAGUUGCACUGGAAACGAGUCACUUUCAUCGCUUUCUCUUGGCGUCAACGUCAUCACGCGAGAUGCCGCGCCAAGUAUGCAAGUUGAUGCCGCCUGCCGCGGCGCAACAGCGAGGAAACCUGGGCAGCUUGAGGAGCGAUUAAGAAAUGUGCUUCAACAUACAACGCCCGGGUGGUCUAGUGGCGCCGGUCCGUCCGGCCUCGUUACGGCCAAAACACUCCUCCACCAUUUUCCGGAGGGCACAUUCACCCCAAGCGUCUUCGAAAAACGCCACGAGAUAGGUGGCCUGUGGCCUGUUCAUUGCAAUGGCAGAAUUUCUAACUCUGGCCGUGAACGCGUUUCAAAAGAUCAUGACGCAGCUGGACCAGUGAACCCGUCCAUGCGGACGAAUCUCAGUCGCUUCACCGUGUCCUUCUCCGAUCUGGCCUGGGAGUCGGUGCUUGGGUGUGUCGAUGUGCCUUUGUUCCCACAGGCGUGGCAAGUGGGCAGGUACCUUGAGACCUAUGCGGAGCGGUACCUAUCUGCCGAGGUGGUCAGGUCGGGGUGUGAGGUUGUGCGUACGGUUCGGGAGGUGGCGGGUGGCCGGCCGCGAUGGACCGUGCAGUGGGUGCAGAGGAGCGGAGAUGAUACCGAGCAACACGCAGUGCAGACCGAAUACUUUGAUUUCCUGGUCGUUGCUUCGGGGUACUUCUCUCGUCCAUAUACCCCGGACAUCCCUGGACUUCCUGCCUUCGCCGACAGAACUGUCCACAGCUCUGCGCUACGCAGCAUUGAAGAUUUGAAUGCACUUGUUGAGAAGGCCUCUGGUGGAGGAAAGUUAGUUGUCGUAGGGGGAAGUAUGUCGGGCGUCGAGGCAGCUUCCUCUCUUGCCCUUCACGUUUCCUCAUUGAGCCGGCCUUUCUGGACGGUGCCGACCUAUAUACCGCAUGAACAGAGGGACAAUGCAACUGGCACGGAGACGGUAUCCCUGCUCCCGCUUGACUUGGCUAUGUAUGAUUUGGCUCGGCGGCCACCAGGACCGGUUGAGUAUGGCUUUGGCCCUGUCUCGGCAACGCAAGUUGCCAAAGUGAACGAUUAUUUCCGAUCCAUUUUGGGGGCAGACUAUACAAACAUCGGCCCUGGCGAUAUUGGGUUACAGGGUGGCAAAGAGGAAACUAUUCGACCUUCCUGGGUAGCUAUAGGGAAUGAUUAUGCAGAGUUCGUCCGGUCGAAAGCAAUCAAAACAGCCAUCGGCCGUGUUGCCGCUGUGCAUGCUUCCUCAUCUGGUCGGGCAAAAGUCGACAUUGAGCUACUUGGGACAGAGAGUAUGCCGCUCGAUGAUGUUGCAGCGAUUGUCCUGGCUACGGGAUUUACUCCGUUUCCUUCACUGGCUUUUCUCCCUGAAGACGUUCUCUCUGCGUUGGAGUUUUCACCCGAUGACUCCUUCUUCCCGCUGAUCCUGGAUGGAAAGGGCACUACUAACGCCGACAUCCCUGACCUGGGCUUUGUCGGCUUCUACAGAGGACCGUACUGGGGCGUAAUGGAGAUGCAGGCCCGAAGCCUUGCGCAGACCUGGGCUCGAGCCGACACAGAGCAUGGAAUCCAAUUUUCAGCGAAAGAGCUGGAGAGCAGAGCACAGGAAAGACAGAGUGUCCGUGAAUUUCGGAAUGCGGAUCCCAACCUUCACCGAGGACAGUUCCCAAUGGGAGAUUAUACUGGGUUGAUGGAGUCCUUUGCUCGGGACCUGGGGAUAAGCCGUGCUCCUUUGCCGGAGCUCAAUGAACGACCCGGCCCUGUCGUUCCGGCGCGGUAUGCCCUGUGUGGACCAGGGACUGCCGAUGUCCAGACGAGUUUGCAGGCUCUGCGAGAGAAUCUUCGACCUAGAAGGAGAAGUGCGAGUUCGGCGGUGGCCAUGGCGAUCUUUCGAGCCCUUCACGGUAGCUGGAACUUCACUCGAUCAGAACAAGAUGGUGUAUCAUCCGGCAUUUCUACAUUCUUCCCGCGAUAUCCUUCCCCCCCCACUUACGAGAAAGAAUACCUGUACGAGGAGAGUGGACAGAAGCUUGCAAGCUUUGUGUACCGGCUCGCAGCCAGUCCUCAGGAUGCACAGAUUACGGUCUGGUCCGUUCACAGAGCGCAGGAUAAGACUGCUGUUGCCCUCUCGUAUGGCCUAAGGAUCCUGAACCAGGAGGGGCCAAGCAAGUUAAGUCAGGGAGAGUACACCAUUCAAGCAACCGGCAGCGAGUGGACAGACGCGUCCGCAAACCAUCAUUGGAGCAGCAACCGCACAUACGAAUACGUGUUUCGAUUCAAUGGCGUAGCCAUAUCAUCCUGGGAAUAUACUGUUCGCAGGCCACCGGACCGAACAGGAUCACAUGACGGCGUUGUCUUGAGUAGAACGCUAUACAAACGUGUACAAAAUACGUGA